AAGCCAAAUUUGAAUAUUUAAUGGUUAGCAGCAGAUAACAACUUUGCUUCAAAGCGGCAACGCAUUUUCUCGCGCCACCUCUCUCCGAUGUGAAACAAACAAAAGCUCCCCACCUUAACUUCAACCACCGUCUCUCUCGACAUGUCUCCGGCGUCUCGUAAUUUUGGAUUCUUCUUCUCCUUACUCGUCCUCUCUCUGUUCUCCAUCGUUUCCUCAGACGAUCUCCAAGUCUUACUCAAUAUCAAAUCAUCUCUCCUCGACUCAAACCCCAACGUCUUAGAUUCAUGGAAACCGACUUCCAAUCCAUGCACCUUCGCCGGAGUAACAUGCAAUUCCAACGGCUCCGUUACAGAGAUCGACCUCUCUCGCCGCAACUUAUCCGGAAAAUUCCCGUUCCCUUUCCUCUGCGAUCUCACGUCUCUCGAGAAGCUCUCUCUCGGAUUCAACUCUCUCUCAGGCCCCGUCCCGAGCGAUAUGAACAACUGCACGAAGCUCAAGUACUUAGAUCUCGGCAACAACUUCUUCUCCGGCCCUUUCCCUGAUCUCUCCUCUCUGACUCACUUACAGUAUCUCUAUCUCAACAGCAGCGCGUUCUCAGGCACCUUCCCGUGGAAAUCUCUCCAAAACGCGAAAGAGCUCGUCGUUUUGAGCCUCGGGGAUAAUCCCUUCGAUACGACGCCGUUUCCUGAAGAAAUCGUUUCUCUGACGAAGCUGACGUGGCUUUACUUGUCCAACUGUAGCAUCACGGGGGAGAUCCCUCCGAAGAUCGGAGACUUGACGGAGCUUCGGAGCUUGGAGAUCUCCGACAGCUACCUCACCGGCGUUAUCCCCCCGGAGAUCGUGAAGCUCAACAAACUCUGGCGGUUAGAGAUUUACAACAACAACUUAACCGGGAAGAUUCCUCCCGGUUUUGGCACCAUGACGAAUCUCACUUACUUGGAUAUUUCAACGAACAGUCUCGAAGGAGAUUUAUCGGAGCUCAGAUCGUUAACCAAUUUAAUUUCGUUACAGCUCUUCGAAAACCGGUUAACCGGUGAGAUCCCACCCGAGUUCGGAGAGUUUAAGUAUCUAGUCAAUCUCUCUCUGUAUACCAACAAGCUAACCGGUCCGAUCCCUCAAGGACUCGGUUCGCUAGCCGAUUUUGAUUUCAUCGAUGCUUCGGAGAAUCAGUUAACCGGACCGAUUCCUCCAGAUAUGUGCAAGAGAGGGAAGAUGACAGCUGUACUUCUGUUACAAAAUAAUCUCACCGGAUCCAUCCCUGAGACGUACGCUAACUGUUUGACUUUGGAGCGGUUCAGAGUUAGCGAUAACUCGUUAACCGGAACAGUUCCGGUUAGACUCUGGGGGUUACCGAAGGUGGUGAUUAUCGACUUAGCGAUGAACAACUUGGAAGGUCCGGUCACGGCGGAUAUAAAGAACGCGAAGAUGCUCGGGACGUUGAAUCUAGCGUUCAACAAGUUCUCUGAUGAGCUGCCUGAAGAGAUCGGUGACGUGGAGGCUCUGACUAAAGUUGAGAUUAAUGAUAACCGGUUCUCCGGGGAGAUCCCGAGCUCCAUCGGGAAGCUGAAGGGGCUUAGCAGUUUAAUGAUGCAGAGUAACGGCUUCUCUGGUUCCAUACCGGACUCUAUCGGGUCGUGUUCAGCCCUCAGCGAUCUCAACAUGGCUGAAAACUCGCUGUCGGGAGAGAUCCCGCACACGCUGGGAUCUCUUCCGACGCUCAACGCUUUGAAUCUUUCGGACAACAAGCUUUCCGGAAAGAUCCCGGAAAGCUUGUCGUCUCUGAGACUCAGCCUUCUUGAUCUGUCGAACAACAAGUUAUCAGGUCGCGUCCCGUUGAGCUUGUCGUCGUAUAACGGCAGCUUCAACGGGAACCCUGGGCUCUGCAGCAUGACGAUCAAGUCGUUAAACCGGUGCGUUAACUCUCCAGGAUCGCGUCGCGGCGACACUCGCAUCUUUGUGGUGUGCAUUGUUAUCGGUUCGAUGAUCUUGCUAGCCUCUCUUGUGUGUUUCUUGUACCUCAAGAAAAGCGAGAAGAAGGAAAGGAAAAGAACGUUGAGACACGAGUCUUGGAGUAUAAAGUCGUUCAGGAAGAUGAGUUUCACCGAAGAUGAUAUCAUCGAUUCGAUCAAAGAAGAGAAUUUAAUCGGUAGAGGAGGUUGUGGUGACGUGUACAGAGUAGUGCUCAGUGACGGUAAAGAACUCGCUGUGAAACACAUUCGAAGUAGUAGUAGUUCAGACACUAAAAACUUCAGCAGCACGUUACCUAUCCUCACUGAGAAGGAAGGAAGGUCUAAAGAGUUCGAGACAGAGGUGGAGACCCUAAGCUCGAUACGGCACUUAAACGUGGUGAAACUCUAUUGUAGCAUCACGAGCGACGACUCGAGCUUGCUGGUGUACGAGUACAUGCCUAAUGGGAGCUUGUACGACAUGCUUCACACGUGCAAGAAGUCGAAUCUCGGUUGGGAAACGCGGUAUGAUAUAGCACUUGGUGCAGCCAAAGGGCUUGAGUACUUGCAUCACGGAUACGAGAGACCGGUGAUUCACCGUGAUGUUAAGUCAAGUAACAUAUUGCUAGAUGAGUCCUUCAAGCCUAGGAUAGCUGAUUUUGGUCUUGCCAAGAUUCUUCAGACCAACAAUGGUGAUCUUCAUUCCACUCAUGUUGUUGCAGGAACAUAUGGUUACAUAGCUCCAGAGUAUGGUUACUCGUCGAAAGUGAAUGAGAAAUGCGAUGUGUAUAGCUUUGGAGUUGUGUUAAUUGAGUUAGUCACAGGGAAGAAACCAAUAGAGGCGGAGUUUGGAGAGAGCAAAGACAUAGUGAAUUGGGUUAGUAACAAUCUGAAGAGUAAAGAGAGUGUUAUGGAGAUUGUGGAUAAGAAGAUAGGAGAAAUGUAUAGAGAAGAUGCAAUCAAGUUGCUGAGAGUUGCUAUCCUAUGCACUGCGAGACAGCCUGGACUAAGGCCGACGAUGAGGAGUGUGGUUCAUAUGAUAGAGGACGCUGAACCGUGUAGAUUGAUGGGUAUUGUGAUUAGCAAAGAGAGUGAUGUGAAGAUUAAAGAAAUAAGUUGAUGAUUGGGUAUGUUUUUGGUAACUAUGAAACUUAUAGAGAAGACUUCAUCUAAAUUUGGUAAGACUAAGUGUAGAUGGAGAAUGUGACUCUAGUCCUGGUGGUUAUGAACUAUUAGGAUCUUUCAUGUAAACUAUUUCUUGUAAUUGUAGAAUUUUGGUUUGAGGGUC